CACUCUCCGCACCGCACACUGCGCCAAAAAGCCCCUGAGCCUGUGCACGGAUGUUGGUGAGGAUGCGGACUUCUCUGCUGCUGUCCUGCGUCUUUGCGCUGCAAUGCCUCCACAGCGGGCUUUGUCUCCCCGUCCGGUCACCGAGCAGGGUUUGUUCCAGGCGUCCGAGAAGUUCCACGACCUGAAGAAGAAGGGCAGGGUUCCUCACGCUCAGGACUUGGUGAAGGAGGCCGGCGCGCCGACGCACGCCACCGCCGCGUGGAACCGACCUCGCUGCGGCGUGCCGGACUUCCCCGCCCAGAAGGAGGUGCACCUCGGACAGCGGCAGAAACGCUUCGUGCUGUACGGAGGCCGCUGGGAGAAGACGGACCUCACCUACAAGAUCGUCCGGUUUCCCUGGCAGAUGAGCGAGGACAAGGUUCGGCGUGUCUUGCAGGAGGCCCUGAAGGUUUGGAGCGACGUCACCCCGCUCACCUUCACUGAGAUUCGCAGCGGAAAAGCCGACAUCGUCAUCGACUUCACCAGGUACUGGCACGGAGACAGCCUUCCCUUCGACGGCCCGGGUGGGAUCCUCGCUCACGCCUUCUUCCCCAAAACCCACCGGCAGGGCGACAUCCACUUCGACUACGACGAGUCGUGGACGCUGGGCAACAACAUGGGCACGGACCUCCUCCAGGUUGCCGCCCAUGAGUUCGGGCACGUCCUGGGCCUGCAGCACUCCCACGAGCCGGGAGCCAUCAUGUCGGCCUACUACACCUUCUCCUACCCGCUGAGGCUGAGCGAGGACGACAAGCAGGGCAUCCAGUACCUGUACGGCGUCCACCCGCAGACCCUGCCGCCGCCGCCGCCGCCGCCGCCGGCCAACCCGGAGAACAACGAGAUCAUCGUCACCACCGUGAGUGGCACGCCUCCCGACGCCUGCCACACGGACUUUGAUGCCGCGUCCAUGAUCCGAGGGGAGCUGUUUUUCUUCAAGUCCGGCUACGUUUGGCGGAUCCGGGACGGGCACCUGGAGAGGGGCUACCCGGCGCUGGCGUCCCGUCACUGGAGGGGGAUUCCAGACAGCAUCGACGCCGCCUUUGAAGACCAGGCAGGGAAUAUCUGGUUCUUUCAAGGUGAAAAGUACUGGGUGUUUGACGCCGAGCGGCAGAUCCGAGGGCCCGAGUCCAUCAGGAGUCUGGGUCUGUCGGCGUCCCGGGUGCAGGCGGCGCUGCGCUGGGGCCACGACGCCAACUACAACACCUACUUCUUCAGCUCGGGCAGCUACUGGAAGUUCAGCCCGCGUGACAACCGCCUGGACUCGGUUUACCCGCGCAGCAUGCAGGACUGGAGCGGCAUCCCCGACGACGUGGACGCCGCCUUCAAGGACGCAUACGGCUACGCUCACUUCAUCCGAGGACGGCAGUACUGGAAGUUUGAUCCCGUCGGCAUGAACUCUCUGGAAGGCUACCCUCGCUACAUCGGCGUGGAUUUUUUCGGCUGUAAAAAUGUCUGAAUGUCUGUGAAGAAUUGGAAUGACAGAUUUUGAUUUUUUUGUUGUUUUUUUGUUGUGUUUUUUUUUUUUUUUUGGUGAUGAAGAGGAGUUUUUUCGGAACAGAGCCUUUUGUAUGUUCAUACUGUGGAUUGGAGGUGUGGAGGGGGGCUGACGAUGAAACGCCCCCUUCAGUCAAAUCUGUUCAUGCUUUACUCCCUGUAUUGAUACUCAGAUCAAUUACACCGUCUUCUCAGGAAAACCAAGUUGUGUUUCCUAAGACUUGGCACCUCCUGUGCAGCUAUACUCAUAUUUAUUUUGCACAUUUUGUCAUCAUAAUCGCUGAGAUCUGGGCCCUUGUAUUGAUGUUGUGAACUGCGUCCUUCUCACCUCCUUUCUCCGAGAUGGAAAAGGAGAUUUUGUUGUUGUUGUUUUUUUUUUUUAUUAAUUUGGUUUACAAACACAACAAACAGGUGCAGACUGUCUUAUUUCCAUGUAGCGGACACGUUCCAACGUGCUGGUGCUCAAGGUUUCGAAGAGUGACGUCAAAACUUAACGCUGCGUUCACUGCGAGUAUGGACCGUGUAGAGUCGGCCACAAGACGAUAAACUUGACUCCUGAAAUGAGAACCAUGCAGACUCAGGUCUAAAUCACAUCCGCAUGUGGUGUGAUUAUAUUGUGGUUGAUUCUACACAGUCCUCAGCAUGCAUUUCCAAUUUUAGGGUGCUUUGACACCUUUCCUGUUUGGUCUGUUUUCAUCAAGCCGUGGUUUGUUUACUCCGUCGGUUUGGUUUGUCUGCAGAAAACACAACUGAGCUCGUGAGCCGUGGUCCGCCGGGAACGCCGUGACUCCGUCUGGUUCCAAGCGGAGCUCGGCACGCUCCGUUAAAAGUGAGAAUGUGACCUGACGUAACUGAUGGAAGCAAACCAAAACACAGUGCAUUGUGGGUUGAAAACAGAUGUUGACACCCCGAAGCAGCCAAACAGCUGCUCGUCUCAGCAGAGCGAGUUGGGGACAAAACACCGAGCAGUGACGAGGUGAGGCAGCGAUUCACGACUGCCUGUGGAAACAUGAAAAUCCCGCGGUCGAUGUUGCUCAGAAGACGCUGCUGUCGAAAAGACGAAUGAAACCCUCGACCGCGUGUUAUUUGUCUAUAAAUUUUGGUUUGCCUGACCACAAAACUCACCAGAGCCCAAUGAAAAAUACAACAACAACUCGACAACUUAGCAGCUUCACACCUGAAUCAAACCAAAGCAAAGGGAACCACAGGGGUGAGAGCGUCCUACACGACUCCAGCUUUAAAGAUGCUCUCUUUGGGUCAAAAAAAAGAAGAAAUGAGCUUCCGGUGCCUGUAACUUGAUCUAACCUGAUGAACUUGUCCGCCUCUUAUUUGCCUCUGGUGCUCAGGACAGUGAAGAACACUUGAAGAAGAAGCCAAAUAUGAACAUCAGCCCAGUCAGUUUCUUCAUGUUGUGAAGCUCAACAAGGAAACCGCUGGCUACCGACAUCAAGUCAGCAUCCGGUUCCUUAAGGGCCAGUUAGUUUAUUCUUUCCAUGUCCGUCAGGGUCUGUACAUGUGAUCAUCCGCUCGUGUUUGAGAGGAUCGGCACGGACCCCUACCCUGGAUGUCCAUGUGCAGCCCAAAAUUUGGAAAUGCACCAACUGUGCAUGCUCCAUCUUUUGAAGAGAGGCUGUGCGAGGAGAUCUGGCAUUACCCACUUUUAUAUAAUUAGUCUUUGAGAGAAUUCAAAGACAGACACAUGUUGUUCAGCCAAAAACAAAAACUUGGUCCUGCGGUGAAGUCGGCUUUUUCUUUCCUAACGGCCAUGUUUCCUCUUCCUCGUCUUAUUGAUCUUUAUGGCGGCUGGCAAACACACGCCUUGGUGCAUCACCACCACCAACCGGAGUGGAUCGGGAAACACGAGGCCGAUGCGGACCCUCGAUUGCGCGUCCGUGACAUCAGUACAAGUCCACUGCUGUCAGCGGAGGCAAAAAGUGUGUCUGAGCCUUUACUGUGAACGCCCACUGGAGUCCAAAUCCACAGGUGAGGUGACGUUCCUUCUUUCAAAGAUCACCAGUGUAGAAACUUUAGGAUUGCUUGGAUUGUAGGAAAGUAACUAACCAAAUUGUUUGCAUAGCCAGAAAUACAUCUCAAUCCAAAAAAAAACACAUCAUGCAGGAGGAAUUGUUCUUCACCAUCUUCAGUUUCCACAUUAUGAUGAAUGUUUUUUCUCCUUUUAGCAAAGGGAAAAAACUAAAAUCUGCAGCAGGAUGGAAGUAAUGUGUGAAACUGUAGGCCUGAUGGAGGGAGGAGACUAAAGAGAGUUUAGGGAACGUUCUUGUGAUUCUGGCCAAACUCAACUUCACCAGCAGCAGAUGUGUCUUCAUCCAUGAACCACCCAGACAUUUCGAGUGAAGCUUUGCAGGCAUUGUCCUUGACUUGAUACCCAUAAUCCCUUGCAUUUUGAGGUUGUGGUACCUGUAGCUGGUCGGGAUUACUGCGUAUUCUCAGUCCCUAAGGAAGUGGCAUUACAGUUCCUGUGCGGUUUUCAGGCGUCACGGUGCCGAUGUUUUGUGUCAUCAGAGUUCAGAGGUCGAAAUGAGGAAACAGGCCACAGUUUGAUUAAAUUUCUGUUUGGUGUGAACGCAGACUGGGUCAGUGAGUCCAGUUUUUUUUUUUUUUUUUUUUUUUUUUUGCUGUUAUCGCUUUAAUUUGCUUAAAUUUGUUUGAAUUUGUCACUUCCUGUAAGCAGAGGUGAUUUCCCACCAGCGUCAGGCUGAUAAACACAGAGAUAUUCUCCAGUGCAGCUUAACGGUUGAAAUGUUGCCUCUUACUCCCUGACAAAAUAAAAUAAAUCUGUCUGUUUAAAUCGGACUGUCAGAGAGGAACCCUAACCCAGGACGAUUUUACAGAAUUCAAAGCAUCGCAGCCCAAAGAGACGGAAGUGUUUUCUCUCCUGUGUCCGGGGGGAAGAGGCAGUCGUGGUGAAAUGUUAAGUUUGGAUGUCACUCUGUCGGUAACCAGCUGGAGGUGUGUGUCAGGCCUCUGCAGCAGCGUGUGUGUGGGGGGGGUUAUAAAUAAAAAGCUCUAGGGCGCCAUCUAGAGCACGACACCGUGACACUGCAGCAGACCUGUGAUCUUUACUUUUUGUCAGAGAACGUUUUUGUGUUUCAUUUUUUUGUUUUUUGUUUUUUGUUUCAUCCUCAUGAAGUCAUUACUUAACAACAACAUGGUGCUCUCUUUUCAGAAAUGUCAGUAUAACACAUUCAGGGACACACACACACACACACACACACACACAUAUACACACACACACCAGUGCUUCUCAACCUUCUCAGCCUGUGAGACCCUCAAAAACACGAGCAUAAACCUGCAGAAUGAACUUCUAGUUUUAGGUAUAUAUACAUAUAUAUUUUCACUUUUCAGGAUAUUUCACUGCACGAAUUACCGGACAAAAGCAAGAGCCUGCAAGUAUUCCUCAUUUCACAAGACAGAAAAAGGCAUUUACCACAAAGAUUACAGUCAUUAUAGUGAAAUAAAAGCAUGAUCAUAAAGUCCAAAUGUCAGCUUGCGACCUCCUGGAGGGUCCCGACACCCAGGUUGAGAACCACUGCCGCAGGUGAACGAGGCGGACGUGAACCCUGUGCGCUCGGACAGACGGUUGCUGGUUUGCCAGUGCAGGACACUGACAUGUCGGUCCAGUCAUCAUCCAGUUUUUAUGAUUAUUGUUUUUGUUUUUUGUUUUUUGUUGUUGUUUGUUUUUUUUAAUCUCUCCUGCAACUCUUUUAAAUGUUGUUGAUCAUUGAACUCGGAGUAGUUAAAGAAAAUGUAUUUAUAUGCAAACAAUUAAGCAAGGAUUUGUUGUACAUACAUGUCUUUCUUUCUCUCUCUCUCUCUCUCUCUCUUUUUUUUUUUUUUUUUUACUCAUAUGUAGCCCAAACUGUGUAAAUUGAAAUGUAUGAACUGUGUUUUCUUUCUAAUAAAAUCCUAACCUGGUA